GAAAACGUGGCGUGCGUGUAGGUGAAGUAGAAGCAGAGUGAGUCCAAGCGGAGUCAUCGUCUUCCAUAUAUAACUUCCCCCCGUAGCAGCCACCACCACCACCUCCAGUUGAGUUUGGAGGAUUGUUUUUCAAGGUUUAUAGAAGAGAAAGACAAGAAGAAAACGAAAACUCACCUUGUCCGCCACCAGACCAUGGCGGCGGCGGCCCAGCUCCGUCGCUUUCCUCUCUCAAAACACUUAUCUCAGAUCAUCGGAAACCGCCAUCUUCCUUCUCAACCACCACCCUCAAUCCCAAUCGCAUCCCCUUCCUCUCCCCUCUUCCGCCCAGCAUUCCAUUUCUCCUCCUCCGCCGCUGCGGCCGCCGGCGGAGGGUGGAGCAGAGGACCAUUGGGGGCUUUUCUAAACGGAUGGAGAUCUAGAGUCGCCGCAGAUCCCCAAUUCCCAUUCAAGGUCGUAAUGGAGGAACUAGUAGGAGUAAGCGCGUGCGUUCUCGGCGACAUGGCCACUCGCCCUAAUUUCGGCCUGAACGAGCUCGACUUCGUCUUCUCCACUCUCGUCGUCGGUUGCAUCCUCAAUUUCGUCCUCAUGUACCUCCUAGCACCAACCCUAUCAUCUUCUUCAUCCAAAACCCUAACCCUACCUUCGAUCUUCUCCAACUCCCCCACAAGCCACAUGUUCGAAUCCGGACCCUACACUCCCCUCAACCGCUUCGGAACCUUCGUCUACAAAGGACUUCUCUUCGCCGCCGUUGGAUUCGCCGCCGGACUCGUCGGAACGGCGAUCUCGAACGGGCUGAUUGCGAUGAGGAAGAAGAUGGAUACGAAAUUUGACACUCCGAAUAAAGCUCCUCCGACGAUUUUGAAUGCGGCGACAUGGGCGAUUCACAUGGGAUUGAGCAGUAAUCUGAGGUACCAAACACUGAAUGGGAUCGAGUUUUUGCUUGCGAAUUUGGUGAGACCUGUGGUGUUUAAGAGCUCGGUGGUGGUUCUGAGAUGUUUGAAUAAUGUUUUGGGAGGAAUGUCGUUUGUGGUGUUGGCGAGAUUGACUGGGUCGCAGACUUUGCAGGAAGAGAAGAAGACGAAGACCAAGAUGGAGGUGGUGGUGGUGGUUGAAAAUGGAGGAGACAAGGAGAAGGUGCUAUAGUGGCGAGCGAGCAAGGAUUCCCAAUCAAGCGGUUUGAUUCGAGUUUUAGUUGGAAAUCUCUGUUUGGAUUCUGUAUUUAAGUAAGAAUUUUGAGGAAAAAAAAUAUAUAUAUUCACUCUUUUCCUUUUCA